CGGAAGUGUUCGGGGGACUGAAUGUUGUGUUGUGCCCGGAGGUCUAGGCUGCAGCUCCCGGGCUCUGGUAGUUGGUCAUGGCCGCUCUCCGUGUGUUGCGUGGCCCUUUACUGAGGCUGAGCCGGCGGCAGGCCAAGCUCCGAGCGCUCAGCCCCUCUUACAGUAACCUGCCCUCUGUCGAUGAUGUGGUUAACGGGCUGACCGAGGAGCAGAGACAGCUUCGGCAGGUGGUUCAUAAAUUCUGCCAGGAUCACCUUGCUCCCAAAGCCCAGGAGAUUGACCAGAAGAAUGACUUCCCAGCGUUGAAGGAGUUCUGGAAGCAGCUUGGUGAUCUUGGAGUUCUAGGGAUCACUGCACCUGCGGAGUAUGGAGGGGCAGGAGGUGGAUACCUGGAUCACGUCCUUGUUAUGGAGGAAAUAAGCCGUGCAUCUGCUGCCAUCGGCCUCAGUUACGGAGCUCAUUCCAACCUGUGCAUCAAUCAGCUGGUGAGGAAUGGGAACGAAGAACAGAAGAAUAAAUACUUACCAAAGUUAAUUAGUGGCGAUCAUUUUGGGGCUCUCGCAAUGAGUGAACCGAAUGCAGGGUCAGAUGUUAUCUCUAUGAAAUUGAAGGCAGAUAAAAAAGGUGAUUACUACGUCCUCAAUGGCAACAAGUUCUGGAUUACCAAUGGCCCUGACGCUGACGUUAUCAUUGUUUAUGGCAAAACGGACAUUAAUGCCAAGCCAGCUUCCCGUGGCAUUACAGCAUUCAUUGUAGAGAAGGGCAUGCCUGGAUUCAGUACGGCUCAAAAACUUGAUAAAUUGGGAAUGAGAGGCUCCAACACGUGUGAACUAGUUUUUGAAGACUGCAAAGUGCCAGCCAAUAAUAUCUUGGGAGAAGUGAACAAAGGAGUCUAUGUGUUGAUGAGCGGUCUAGACUUGGAGCGAUUGGUGCUGUCUGCUGGUCCUCUAGGCAUCAUGCAGGCUGUCCUGGACAACGCUCUCCCUUACUUGCAUGUCCGGGAGGCUUUUGGUCAGAAGAUUGGAGAGUUUCAGCUUUUACAAGGCAAGAUGGCUGACAUGUAUACCCGUCUGAGCGCGUGCAGACAGUACGUAUACAACGUGGCAAGAGCCUGUGAUGAGGGCCACAUGAGCUCAAAGGAUUGUGCAGGCGUGAUUCUUUAUGCUGCAGAGGCAGCUACCAAAGUCGCCCUGGAUGGAAUUCAGUGUCUGGGCGGCAAUGGCUACAUCAAUGACUACCCAAUGGGCCGCUUUCUGCGGGAUGCUAAGCUUUAUGAAAUAGGGGCCGGAACCAGUGAAGUCAGGAGACUUAUCAUUGGUAGAGCAUUUAAUGCCAUUUACAAAUAGCCCAGCCUCCCAGUCAUCCCCAAAGGUCUGUUCUUACUGUAUUUUGAAGUGCCUUGGAUUCCAUCAGGACAUCUAUCAUUCGUAAAAAUAUCAGCUGCAAGGCUAGGAUCGUGGCAAAAUCAUGAAUGUUGACUUUCAUUGAACACGAAAUACUCAGUUAAAGAAGAAGGAGAGCUUGCUGCAGGUGGCAGAGCGACAGGAUACAAUGCAGUUCAGAAAUUGGCUCUGCAUCAUCACUCUGGUUUGUUAGUUAAUGCAUUGUGUGGGUUUUAUUAACUUGCAAAGAAGAAAUGGGAUGCAAAAGCAACAAAAUUAUCCCUCCACGGUACUUCAUAUUUAAAUGGCAGGAUUGUGCACUGCUGCUGUACAGUUGCACAUAAUCUACAUGUACCUCUUCCUCCAUUGUUGGAUAAAGUUAUACUGAAGUGUUCAAUUGUCAUUAUUGCAAAAACUAUAAUGGAAGUGUCAGCAGAUGGUUGACUUUCUAAAGCAGCGACAAAGUUGUGAGCUGUCCUAAUCAGUCGUCCUCUUAACUAAAAUAAUAAAUACAAGCAUAUCUCCCCUGGCAUUGCUGAAGAUAUACCAGAGAAUAUGCUGUCAGGAGACACUUUGUACUGCACACUGCUUCAUUCUGCUAAGGUGGAGCUUUGUAUACAAUGAACCCUCGAACCUUUGAGGUCAGGAAGUCUUUGGACAACCUGAGAUCACUGAGAGUUUGAUCACUUUUCAGUUAGCGAAGCUGAAAUGGGAAGUGCUUGUAAAUUUCUGGCUCAAGGCAAGAAAACCGCAUAACAUUUCAAAGUGCAAUAUCGCACUUAUGACUGGUUCUGAAAAAUAGGUAAGCUUGCCAAAAAGCAUGUAUGAGCAAUGCAACAGGAAUGUAAAAGGGGUGAACUGAGAGGAAAGAACAGAGGAGUUUAAACUCUACAAUCUGGAAGAGGGUGUGAUUUCAGUGAGUUAUAAAGUAUAUGAUAUGGAUAAGGUGCAUUCAGAAUAUCACUUCCAGGUAAGUCAGCAAGUAGAACAAGGAAGCCAUGUAUAAAUGAGUGAAAAUUCCAUUGACAAGAGGGAUAGGCUAAAUGUUCUUCUCGUUCUGGUCUUCUGUGUGAUAGUUGGCAGAAAUCCAGUUACAAUUUCCGAAAAUUCUCCUGAAUUGUCAAAUACUGGAAUCUGCGCAAUUAUACACUGACUCAUUUGAACUGGUGAAUCCAUUCCUUGUGAUACACGUGUCCUGAGUAUACAUGAAGGGUCUGAUGUAGGGUUGUCUACUAUAGUUAGAUGUGGUUCUGGAGGUUGCCCAAGGUAGCCUAACACAUCCGCCCUUAUGGGGCUACGCCUUCCCAGACUAACCUUAGUCUGCUAUGAAUGGUCAACAGUCAUAUAAAUUUGAUCAAAUUAGAUCAAAUAUUCUUGACGAUGGAUUGUAAAAUUUCUCCAUUAGUUUAUUCUUUUGUCUAUUGUUCAUUCAUUCUCGGGGUUACAGAACCAUCUUAGAGACUUUAACUGUUCCAGCCCCAUGAUGGAAUUAUAUCAGAAGAAAGCUGAAGAAUGAUAAAAGGGUGAUGUCUUCAUAUGGUGAUGGUAUCUGGCAAACUGUACAUUUAGGUCACAAAAGUGCCACAAAUGCCAUAACUCAUAUCAACACUAAGCUUUUUUGUCUUUUUCAUCAACAAAUACAUAUAUUCAACAACAAACGGAUAGUGAUUUUGACAUGGUAAAAUGCCCCAAGGUGCUUGCAGGAGUGUUAUCAAAACAAAAUUUAAUACUGAGAAUAUGAGGGCAAAUGACCAAAGAUUUGGUCAACAAGGUGGGGCUUUAAGGAAUGUUUUAAAGGAGGAAAGAGAAGCAGAGAGCUUGGGAGGUGGCGGUGGGGGGAGGUGGCAGGGUGUAAUUCCAGAGGUUUUGCUCGACAGUAAGUGAUAAAUGCAAAUUCAUUAUUUAAAUUACUGCAGGAUACCUAUUUAAAUUUUGUCUGUGCAAUUGAGAUAGCUGCAGACUUUGGAUACAGCCUUGUUGAUUGUAGCUGCAUUAGCUCCGCAUAACCGCACCAAUGCAGCCUCCUAUCAGGGAAUCAUACUUUUAAUCAAUUAAUGCUCUGUGGAAUACGUAUGACUGGGCUUUAGAUGUGAUUGUAAAGCUGAUUCAAUGUAUUUUAAUAAAAUCUAUGUGGAAGA